AUGCUCGGGAGCGUGGAGACGAUAUCGUACGACGGCGAGUUUGUUCGGCUUGUGGAGCUUCGACUGCCGUUGCGUGGCUCUACGCAGGGCCAGCUGCUAUCAAUACGGACAUGCGAACGCAUUGGUCAGGGCUCCUUUGGCACAGUUUACCGCGCUGUGUGUGAUGGAUAUCCCAAACUGGCGCUCAAGAUCGCCACCGGCAAGGCUGCACGUCUACGUCAGGAGCUGGACGUGCUUGUCAAAGUAUGCACAAAGGGGAAACUGCUACUGCCUCGGUUUGAAUUUGGUGCUAUUAACAAAACUGGCGAUUUGAUUGUUGUUGGUAUGGAGCUUUGCGUGCCGUCUACGCUGCAUGAUUUGCUUCUCGUGACACGCCUCACCAAUGAAGCCGAUAUGUUAUUUCUUGCGUAUCAGGUGUUGCAGGCUGUUGCCUGUGUUCACGAGCAACAAUGCAUUCAUAGAGAUGUUAAGCUUCAGAAUUUUGUGUUCGAUUUGGAUGGCAACCUGAAACUUAUAGACUUUGGAUUGGCAUCAAGCGCAUGGAACCCACCACCGGGUGAUGUGGUGGCGGGCACCGUCUCCUUCAUGGCUCCGGAAAUGGCACACAACGCACUGCACAGAGAUCAGCGGGUUAGCGUUGGGGCCCCUGCUGAUGUUUGGUCGGCGGGCAUCGUGCUUUUCUCUAUUUUCACGCAGCGCAAUCCGUAUCCACCAUCCAUUGCUUCUAUUACAUCGCCUCAUUCUGAUGAGGAUGAGGACGGGGAUGGGGACGGCGCGGCGGUGGCUAGAAAGCUCAACAGGGAGAAUUUGCGGUUGCUCCGUCGUGUGGCCACGGCAAAGUGGCGGUGGCCGGUGGGUUCUAGUGUCUCCAACGAACUACGCCAACUUGUGGAGUUCAUUCUCGUUACCGAUCCCGUGAAGCGGCCGGAUAUCUCGACGAUUCUCCGCAAGCCAAUAUGGAAUUUGCGUCGUCGGGCCCCGCCGACCGCGGUCACGGCGUUUUUGGGUGUUCAAGACGAAUUACUCUUGUCGCACGAUGAGACUCAUCUUUUGCGAGCUGUGGAACAACGCAGCGCGGACGUGACUGCCAGCCUGAUGGGCAGCCGCGCGAACAGCCUGGAUGGGGACGGGGACGAAGAGGCAGAACGACGCUCAUCACUAAAAUUUGUGGCGAGGGAACAAACAGCAGUGGGCGGUGUGCCGACGCAUCAGGUGUACGAUAUCCGCCGCGAAUCGAGGCAGAAGAGACCCCUUCGUGAAAUAUCGGUAGUCAUCGCUGAAGAGACGGCAAAGGGGCUCCGGCGGCGCCAGCCAAAACGGGCAAGGGGUGAUGUGUCUUCGGUUUCACGUGGCAAUUCAUGUGCAGGUUCUCGUAUAAACUCACACGCGAACUCGCGCGCCACUUCUCCAGCGAGGCAGUGUAGUGUUCAUGAGUGCGUCCAAAGUUUGGUUAAAGGAAAGAAAAAUGGUAAGAUGUCUCGAACCAUUCCUCAGGCGUCCUCAGUGAUUUUUGACGAUGAGGAGGAAGAAGGAGUGCAGAGAGAAGUAGAACAGAUGGUGACUAAAAAAGAAAAGCCUUUUGUAGCGACUCAGCGUAUUCAAAAGAAACAGAGGAACGGAGGAGUUUGCUCCCACCAAUGCCUGCGCUCUUCCCGCAUUGGCGAUGAGGCUGAAAACACCAAGGGCCUUUUGAGGGGAGGCAUAAAUGGGAGUGCCGUGGAUAUUUCUUCAGGUGCAGUUCUUGAGCUGCCCAAAUGUCAGAUGGGACUAACGAAGGCAGUUGACGGUGAGACCAGGACGAAAAAAGUUCCCAUACAUGUUCAUUGCGACCGGAAGGAACAGGUAUCGGUAUGGAUAGAUGAUAUGCAGCUUGUCGCCAUGGAGAAAUCUCAGCGAGAACUUGCGGAGAAAAGGAUUUUUUUGGAGCUAGAGUGUCUUUUUUCUGCCUUGCGCCUGACAACGGAAGAAAACCAAGCUUGGUUCGACAUGGUGUGGUUGGCGGAAGAACAACGGAAGUCGGCUGCUCAUCCUCAUCGUUUUAAGGAGACAACUCGUGUAAGCAAAAAGUAUCAAUACGGCUUUGUAUGUGACAUGUGCGAUUACGAGUUUCUGCCAGCUGGUAAAACCAUCCACUUUUUCCACUGCACAUGUGGCAGAGAUUUAUGUGUGGACUGUCAUCGGGUGUACAGCAAGCAGUGCACAUGUGCAGAAUGCGGUGCCAUCUAUGAAAAUAGUGUGGCGCUGCGUGGACAUCAUCGAAAGGGCGGUUGUAAAGCAGUAGUUAAAAACAGAAGGAGCUCUGUGGCUUAUGAAGGGCAAGUAAGCGCCAACGGACCCCUUAUGCGUAGGAAAACGGCGGCACAAACCCACGACAUGCCGCGGGGGGCCACCGUGGCAACCGGUUCAAAAGCAACAACAAAAGCAGCAGCAGCAGCAAAAUCAUUUCCAAGGAGUGAGGCGGUGAGGAUGGGAGCAGUGAACACUGUGAAGAAGGAGGCGGUCGCGAAGGAGAAGACCGCAUCGUCGCUGUUCAGUAGACCCAUCAACACGCCACCAGAGGGGCAGUGGAAGCCAAUGGAGCGUUUGUCCGUCAGCCACAAACCCAUUCAUCCAACUCCGGAAGAGCGCGAGGUUUUGCUGAACGGAGACUGGAUUCGGCAUUUUCAUUUAUUUCCGACAGAGGAAGAAGCAGAGCCGGUUGCCUUUACGUAUCACAUUCAGCCUGGACGCACUGGCGCGAUUUUUCUCAAUCAUAAAUUUUCAAUGCAUUCGGCCGUCAUUUCAGUGCUGGAGCGACAGAUGCUCAUUGUGGACUACGUGGACACUUUUGAAAACAGCGAUGCGGCACGUGUUGUUUCACUGGGAAAUGCAAAGUGCUUGGCAGAAAGCGCAUACAACCUCCUUCAACGCGUUGUUGCAUACGAUUGUAACAUGAUGAAGCAACACCGAACUCCCGGCACAAUCUCAAUUUACCGGACGGCACAAACGGCAAUUCGAUGUCAAGGUGAACCGUUUGUGUAUGUCCGUUGGUUUCGCUUUGACGCAGAGCGCUCCUUAUGUGCGUUUUUGCUCUCCAAUGGCGCAGUUCAGGUGCUUGUAGGAGAUCAGUACGAACUCCGUUGGUUUGACGAAAAUCGAAAGUUUCUCCUCCGUAGCAAUGGUGUUUGUGAAAUGGUGGAUGAUUCCACCUUCGCCCUUGCUCCUGAUGUGAGCCGCCUAUUGUAUGAUGAUUUUUAA